AUCGCCAUGAGCUAGCCACCUCGCGCAACUCUUCGUCGCAGCUGCGCGCCCGGCGAGCUGCGUUCGAGAGGAGCGAAGCCAUUUCUUGGGGCUUGAGCGGUUUGAUUCCGUACGGCAACGAGAAGGCAGCGAACUUGCUCGAGUCGCGGCUGCCAUUUCAGCACGCUGCGCUUUGGCGGGAACAGGUCACGGAACUGCAACUCCCGUUCGGGAACUGUUCUUUGAACCAUGGCGGCCGACGUCGUGGGUGCCCGGCGAGCGUCGAGCAAGGAGAAGCUAACGAACCCAAUGUCGGGCCCGACUACCGACUCGGAGCGGCGAAAGCAGAUCAGCGUGCGAGGCAUCGCCCAGGUCGAAAAUGUUGCCAACGUGAAGAAGGCCUUCAACCGGCACGUCCACUACACGCUGGUCAAAGACCGCAAUGUGGCUACGCCUCGGGACUACUUCUUUGCCCUGGCCUACACCGUCAAGGACCACCUCGUCGGACGAUGGAUCCGCACGCAACAGCAUUACUACGACAAGGACCCCAAGCGGGUGUACUACCUCUCUCUGGAGUACUACAUGGGCCGUUCUCUCACCAACACCAUGGUGAACCUCGGCAUCCAGAAUGCCUGCGAUGAGGCCCUAUACCAGAUGGGUCUGGACAUUGAGGAACUGGAGGAACUCGAGGAGGAUGCCGGUUUGGGCAAUGGCGGCCUGGGUCGGCUAGCGGCCUGCUUCCUCGAUUCCAUGGCCACACUAGGCCUGGCAGCCUACGGAUAUGGCAUCCGCUACGAGUAUGGUAUCUUCACGCAGAAGAUCACCAAUGGCGAGCAGACUGAGGUGCCAGACGACUGGCUUCGCUUUGGCAACCCGUGGGAAAAGGCUCGCCCAGAGUACAUGAUUCCUGUCAACUUCUAUGGCCGUGUGGAGAAGACCGACAAGGGCUUCAAAUGGGUUGACUCACAGUUGGUGUUUGCCAUGCCCUACGACAACCCCAUUCCCGGGUUCCGCAACAACGUUGUCAACACCAUGCGGCUGUGGUCAUGCAAGUCGCCCAUCAACUUCAACCUUCGCUUCUUCAACAACGGGGACUACAUUCAGGCUGUCCUCGACCGGAACCUGGCAGAGAACAUCUCCAGGGUGCUCUACCCCAAUGACAAUGUGUUCGAGGGCAAGGAGCUUCGUCUGAAGCAGGAGUACUUCAUGGUCGCGGCGACGCUGCAGGACAUCUUUCGCCGUUACAAAUCUUCCAAGUUUGGCAAGACAGACGCGGUGCGCACCCACCUGGACCAGUUCCCGGAGAAGGUGGCCAUCCAACUCAACGACACGCACCCGGCGCUUGCCAUUCCGGAGCUCGUGCGCAUCUUUGUGGACAUCGAGGGCCUCAGUUUCGACAAGGCUGUGGAACUGACGACAAAGACAUGUGCCUACACGAACCACACGGUGCUGCCAGAGGCCUUGGAGCGCUGGCCAUGCUCCAUGUUGCAGAACAUGCUUCCGCGCCACCUGCAGAUCAUCUACGACAUCAACGCCCGUUUCCUUGGCGAGGUGAGCAAGAAAUACCCCGGGGACCACGACCGGUUGCGGCGUAUGUCGCUGGUCGAGGAGGAAGGCGAGAAGCGCAUUAACAUGGCUCACCUGGCCAUCGUGUGUUCGCACAAGAUCAACGGUGUGGCACGGAUCCACUCCGAGAUUCUCAAGAAGGACUUGUUCAAGGACUUCUACGAGAUGUACCCCGAGCGUUUCCUGAACAAGACCAAUGGCAUUACUCCCCGCCGGUGGCUCCUGCUCUGCAACCCUAGUCUGGCCGAUCUCAUCGCCGAUAAAAUUGGCGAGGACUGGAUCGUGCACCUGGAGCAGCUGACCAAGCUGAAACCUCUGGUCAACGACAAGACAUUCCUGCGAGACUUGCAGAAAGUGAAGCAGGAAAACAAGAUGCGGCUGUGCGAGUACCUGCACAAGACGACGGGCAUCAAGCUCAACCCAUCGUCCAUGUUCGACAUGCAAGUGAAGCGUAUCCACGAGUACAAGCGACAGCUGCUCAACUGCCUGCACAUCAUCUGCCUGUACAACCGCAUCAAGGCAAACCCCUCGGCGCCCUUCGUGCCACGUACCAUCAUGAUCGGUGGGAAGGCGGCUCCGGGCUACCACAUAGCGAAGCAGAUCAUCAAGCUGAUCAUUGCGGUGGGCAAUGUGGUGAAUCAUGACCCUGUGGUUGGGGACAAGCUGAAGGUGAUCUACCUGGAGAACUAUCGUGUCACCCUGGCCGAGAAGAUCAUCCCGGCCGCCGACCUCAGUGAACAGAUCUCCACCGCCGGCACAGAGGCUUCAGGCACCGGAAACAUGAAGUUCAUGCUGAACGGAGCUUUGACCAUUGGCACCCUGGAUGGUGCUAACGUCGAAAUGCGAGAGGAAAUGGGCCCAGAGAACAUAUUCAUCUUUGGAAUGAACGAGGAAGAAGUUGAAGCCCUCAAGAAGAGGGGCUACAACGCCUGGGACUACUACAACAAGCUGCCAGAAGCGAAGAAGGCCAUCGACCAGAUUAACAGUGGUUUCUUCAGCCCAUCCAACCCAAACCUCUUCCAUGACCUCACCAACGUUCUGCUCAACCAUGACAGGUUCUUCCUGCUGGCCGACUUCGAGUCGUACAUGAAGUGCCAGGAGCGGGUCUCGGCCAUGUACACGAACCAGGAGGAGUGGACCAAGAUGGCGCUGCUCAACAUCGCCUCGUCGGGCAAGUUCUCAAGCGACCGCACCAUCUGCGAGUACGCCCGCGAGAUCUGGGGCGUCGAGCCUUCCUGGGAGAAGCUGCCCCCACCCCACGAGACCAAGGGCGACGACGAGAAGAAUUAAAAAAGAUGGUGGCCACACGUGGGACUUCGACAAAGGAGGCCCUAUUGCCCGUCAACCGCAAGCACGUGCUGCUGUUGCUUCUGCCACCCAACAACCCACCGACGUCCAUGCUGAACUGACCAUCUAACCACCGUGGUUCUUAGUCCCUAGGCCUUGAGGCUCUGUUCCUAGUAGAACUGAGAAAGAAAAAAAAAUGAAAUACAAAAUGCUGGCCUCAUAAAGCAGUAGUCACCACCGAAAAAUUUCAUUUUGUUGCUGUAUUCCUAGCAUUAUUUGAACAAGACGGAGUUUCACCAGAAGCUGGAGACUUGAAGUGAUCAACAGAGGACAAACAAUUACUGUCUCUGGAACCAACAUUUCUUUCAUCAGUGGGUGGCCUUAAUGAGGACAAGCAAGUCCCUUGAUGAAUUGUUUGCUCCAGAGCCAUCACUUGUCUGUUGAUCACUAGCGUGUGUUGGCGUUAUAGAUUGCUAAGCUGCUUUUUGAGAAGGUUGCGUACAAUGUGAAAGUCUUGUGGGAUGUGACAGGUCUGGAAAUUUAAAACGUACUCAAUGCUGUAAGUGAAAGGAUUUGCUGAUGCAACUCUAAAGGAUUAAAUCUAUGGCUUAAUCGGAAGUUCUUGAAAGUGAAACUGCGUAAAUGGGAGCGCUGUGUCAUCUGUAACCAUUUGUUCGGCUUCAACAAAGGCUGCAAUGUAGCUCUACUUUAAGGAUUGUGGGAGAAAGGUUGAUUUCGCUGAAGUUCCGCUACGUUGCGUUAGUUGUUCUCUUCAAUAAUUUUAAGUCCCCUUAAAAUGUUCAGAAAUGAUGCUCUAGCAUUCGCAUACCACAAACAGCCCAUAGCUCUUGACAUUAUAGUGUGUGGCCCUAAAAGGGACUUCUGGCUAGGUAGCCAAGCAGUACUGUUGGCAGAGUAUUCUCUGAAGCCAGAACAGUCCACUCUUGUAUACCAUGAGUGAGGCACUGCUUUAGUGUGCAGCGGGACUAGUGUCAAAUGCCUGAUUAGAGAAGCAGUGAUCGUAAGCUUUUAUUAUAUUUAGUAUAUAGCAUGUUUGUUUGUACAGGCUCUCAUCACAAUUUUCAGUCUGUCUGAAGCAACAGGAGUAUAAAGGUCAAGACUGUUUCUUAAUACUUACUGGUACAAGAUACAGAACACAACUUCAAACACACGAGAAUGACUUCCGAGUUGAGAGAGCUAUUGCUCUCAAUGAGUUAAGCGUGCUGUAAUGCAUCAAAAGUUUGGCAGAAGCUAUCAGAUCAUUUCUAUUAAUAUUUGCAAGCCCAAUAUCUGUAAGAGAUUUUUAAUAAGGAAAGUAUGCUAAGUGCCACCUACUCUAAUAUGCCGAGUCAUCAACCAUGCCCCCUAAAAUACUACUCUCCCUCCAAGAAAGGGAAGUUCUCAGUACCUUAAGGGCUGAAAGAAUCGCAUCUUUUGAGCACCGAGAUAUACCGGCCACAACCAAUAAUGGAAGUGUCAUAAAAAUUUGCCAGAAACAUCCUAUAAUGCUUUGUUUGGCACGCGAUCAAAAGUCAUUGUAUGAUAUGCCUAGAGAAGUAAAAAGUAUUUCAAGAUAACUGGAACAUUCUUGGCUUCCCUGAAGCUGUGUUUGCAGGAGCUUUGAACUAGUAACUGGCAACUUAGUGACUGGUUCUUGCAGGCGCCAGUCACUGGUUUCGAUCGCAUAGGAUUGCACGUGUGGCUCUUGAAAAAGCAUGGAAAAGGGAAAAGUAAAUUUAGGAAGUGGGCAACCUGUCAAAGAUGUGGGACUACUUGGGAUAUUCUGGUACGCUUUGAUUUUUUUCUUUCUUGCACAAUGUGCUUGCCUUGCAAUGUGGCAGCCACAUUCUGUUUGCGAUAGUUGCAUCGCAAUUACAUGGUCACAUUGCCCACAUCUUGCAGCGGGGUGGCCAGUAUUAGCGCAUUGCGGAGAGUUUAGUAUAGAGAAAAAUCGUACUUACUACGUUGAUAAAAUUACCUAAGCUCAGUAUUCUUUCUGGGUUUUUCACCAUCCUUUCUGCAUUUCGAAAAUUUACUACAAGUGGACAACUUGUAAAGCUGUACCAUCGAAAGUUCUUUGAUGAGUGGCUUUGAACUACAGAACAAUCCCAGUGUGUCUUGCACUGGCACAGGCUGUGAUGGACACAGACAGCUUUCACAUCUUAAGACGCAAGCAGCAGCAAAUGUUUUCGAUUUGCGGGCAAUCGCCUAUAGCCUCGGAACACCAGUCUUGUGGAAAGAGACCUGCUCGCAUCAGUUUCCCUACGAAAUGCAAUUCCUCAAUGGAUGAUGGGUGCCAAGUUAUGGUCUCCGCCAUCUUGAAAGCGUACUGCAAACUGCCCAUAUGUGAUCCUAGUUGUCUGCCAUUGUGUUUCUAGAGAAGACUGCUUUUUAUCACUCCUGCAAGCUCGUGACGUCCAACUUGUUUUUAAGGCAAUUUACCCAUUUUCUUUCUUCCUUUGCUACUGCUGUUAUUUAAGCUCUGUUAUUGUCUUUCAGACAACUCACCUAUUUUUUGUUGUUGAAUUUUCCAUUUGCGUGGAGUGUUAUGUGUUGCACGUCGUUCACAUCCUUUAUCUAGGUAGCAAUAAAUUUUUUGAGGUCUUUCACUGUAGCCUCAAUAUUGCCCCAAAAUGGCUGAAGCUGUGCUCUUUGUUGCCAAGAGGACGGUCGUGGUUCCUGAAUGGUUCUUCCCCAUUUCCUGCCAUGGCUCGGAACAUCUAAAUAUGUACCAGGUGCUUUAUUCUAAAGCUGCCAUGGUCAGAGACAUUUCAAGUAAAUGAUGAAGAGCGAAGAAAAUGUAUCGGUGUUUGGUGCAAGCAUUGCAAACUGUUCCUGUUCAAGUAUGUGUUGUAGUUAUUGCGGCGUGCUGCAGUCAUGUCAAACGUGGCAGUCGCACAAAUGUCCACAAUAACGAUUAAAGAAAUGUUGAAACCUUCAAUCAAUAAAGCUGUUGUAUAUUCCUUG